GGGGGAGAGCCCGGCGGACGGGGCGGGCGCGCGCACGCACGGGGCAAGGCGCGGCCCCGCGGCAGUGCGUGCGCGCUCCCUUUCCCCCCCCGCCUUCCCCACUCUCUCUCCCUCCCUCUCUCUCCUCUCUUCUCCGCCGCGCUCGCUCGUUUCUUCCCCCCCUUUGUGAGGCGCUCGGAGUGGCCCGGACAUCGCUGACUCGCCAUGGCCGACGAGAAGCCCAAGGAAGGAGUGAAGACUGAAAACAAUGACCACAUUAAUCUCAAGGUGGCAGGGCAAGAUGGGUCUGUGGUGCAGUUUAAGAUUAAGAGGCAUACACCACUUAGUAAACUAAUGAAAGCCUAUUGUGAACGACAGGGGUUGUCAAUGAGGCAAAUCAGAUUCCGGUUCGAUGGGCAGCCAAUUAAUGAAACAGACACACCUGCACAGUUGGAAAUGGAGGAUGAAGAUACAAUUGAUGUGUUCCAGCAGCAGACAGGAGGAGUGUACUAAAAACAAACAAACACACAAAAAAGGAACCUGCUACUUUCCGCUCCAGAACUGUGCUCCCACAGGCAACACAUUCACAAUUAGAAAAAUGAGACUUGGUUCAGCCACAUCCUGACUACUGCAGUAUAGUUUUCUCUCUUCUCUCUCUGAUUUUUUUCCUAUUCCUUCUAUUGUACAUAAAGUAACUGGUGUAUGUGCACAGACAUAAUGCAUAUUUUUUUUAACUAAAUGGCCAAUGGUAUGUUUUGAUCAACAUUUAAUGGAGAUGGGGUGGGAAAACAAACUGGUUCUGUGAAAAUGCCCCUUUCUCCGUUAGUGGCAUGCUCCUUCUACUUUUAUCUUUAUAUUCCAGUAAGUUAUUUUGCUCUCACUGUUUAAAAACAAAAACCUUGCAUACCUUGUUUGAUUGGAUAAUUUCAAUGUUUUUCUUUUAUCAUUGUAAAACCAAGGACAAUUUUAUAACUUUUUUGUACGUAGCUGUUACAUGUAGAGCAAUCUCUGUUUAAGUAGGGUAAAAUUACUCUUAAAAAAAGAAAAAAAAAAAUCCUAGAUAGUUUUCCCUUCAAGUAAAGCGUCUUGUUGUUUAAAUAAACUUCUUGUUUAAAAUAA